GCUUACUAUAAAUUCAGUGCCUUUUCGGAGCUCAACUUAUUUAGCCGGUGAUUUUGGUUGCGCUUGAAAAUUUCUAUUAAAACUUGUUGAAUUUAUUAAUUAUUGAAAAAUGGCAUCACCAACAGUCACUCUUAAUAAUGGACAACAAUUUCCAAUUGUCGGACUUGGGACUUGGAAUUCACCAGCUGGAGAAGUCACUCAAGCUGUAAAAGAUGCAAUUGAUGCAGGAUAUCGUCACAUUGAUGGUGCUUAUGUCUAUCAAAAUGAAGAAGAAGUUGGCGAAGGAAUUGCUACAAAGAUCGCUGAAGGAGUUGUCAAGCGUGAGGAUCUUUUCAUUACAACAAAAUUAUGGUGCACAUUCCAUGAUCCAAAGGAAGUUCGUGGUGCUAUUGAAGUUUCCUUGAAGAAAUUAAAAUUGGACUAUGUUGAUCUUUACCUUAUUCAUUGUCCUGUAAGUUUUGCAAAAUCAACUGAAUUGUUCCCAAAAGAUGAGGCAGGCAAGCCAUUGUAUGGUGACUCUGACUUACUUGAAACCUAUCGUGCAAUGGAGGAACUAGUUGAUGCUGGUUUGACGAAGAGCAUUGGUGUUUCCAAUUUUAAUAUCAAGCAGAUUAAUUACAUCACUGAGAAUGCAAGAAUUCAGCCAGUCACUAAUCAAAUUGAAUGCCAUCCAUACUUGUUGAAUACAAAAUUGCGAGAACAUUGCAAAAGCAAGAACAUCAUCAUUACUGCAUAUUCACCAUUGGGAUCUCCAGGACGUCCAUUCGCAACAUCGAAUGAUCCAAUUCUCCUUCAAGAACCGAAGUUACUAGCAAUUGCUGAGAAACUGAAAAAGACACCAGCACAAAUCUUAAUUCGAUUCCAAAUCCAGCUUGGCAAUGUUGUCAUUCCAAAAUCUGUCUCAAAAGAGCGAAUCAUCAAUAACAUUGAUGUCUUCAGUUUCGAAUUGAGUGAUGAGGAUGUGAAGGAUUUACAAAGCUUUGAACAUGUUCAACGCAUUUGCGCUAUGACGAAUUUCAAAAGUUCUAAAAAUUAUCCAUUCCAUGAAGAUUAAGUUAUGAAUGUAAAAGUAUUGAAAAUUUUGUGCUUUAUGUAUCUGAAAUAAAAUGCUGAAUCAUGCUCGAUAA